AUGUCUCGCAUCCAAGCUGCCUCUGCGCUGCUACUACUCUCCUUACCCAAUGGGUUCGCCUCUCCUUUGGCCCAAGAGGCCCUUCCUGUCUUUCAACUGCUGAGCUCUGCCUCGUCUGCAUCAUCCGCGUCUGCUGCAACCCCAACUGGCCAGGUAGUCGCCCUCGUUAACCCGUCUGCCGCCUCUGAUGUCCCGGCACCGACCGGAGUGAGCGAUCUCACUGGGGGCGUCGUGACCUCACCGGAGUUGCCUUUGGAAAGUUUUGCCUCCCCUCCACUUGUGGAUCCAACCGAUAUCCAAGGACCUAAGAAUGCCUUCAUCAACCCUGUUCCUAAUCCCCUUAUGCCAUCGAUAACUCCCGUUCUUGGUGUGGAUUCUGUUCUUGUCACGCCAGUGCCUAGCUUCAGUGAUGCGACACCUUCGCCAAUCGAAGUCGUGUCGGCUAUCCUCAGCUUGGCUACUACUCCUAUCGCACUGCCCACUGGCUCUGCACUUCUCAACUCCACCGUUCCAGCGGUGACAAAUGCGACGGUGCCUGUCGUCGCGCCCGUCGUCGCGCCCAUCCCUCUGGAUGACAUCCUCGCAGACCCACUUGCUCUGCUCAACGCUGCUACUACUCCUAUCGCACUGCCCGCUGGCUCUGCGCUUCUGAACUCCACCGUUCCAGCGGUGACAAAUGCGACGGUGCCUGUCGUCGCGCCCGUCGUUGCGCCCAUCCCUCUGGAUGCUAUCCUCGCCGAUCCACUUGCUCCGCUCAAGGCUGCUACUACUGCCUUAACUCUUCCUCCUCAGAUCGUUGUCGAUGUCGUCCACAGAUUUAUCAACCUGGCCUUUGGUCUGAUGAACAUCGCCAAGAACACGCCCGUCGGUGGCGGGAAGAACACAGGUGUUGUACCUCCUAACUUGCAGCCAAUCUCGCGUGUUCGUCGUCAAGUAAUUCCGGACUUUUCUACAACGACGAGCGCCCUGCCACCAGUCUCAAAGGUGUCGUCGCUUAUGGAACCGCUAAUGACCUUGGCCAAAAGUCUGGCCGGCACGAUCAAUCAGGUACCUAUCACUGGCGGCAUUGUUUCCAAGGUUCCCGUUGUUGACGCUGUUGGUGUCAUUGGCAAGGAUGACCUCAGCAACAUCAACCCAGCCGAUGCUACCGGAAUGAUCCAGGAGCUUUUGGGACUUGCAAACAGGAUGAUAUCAACUAUGCAGAUGCCCAAGAUUGUGGCCCCUGCUGGUCUGCCACUCGAUCUCCUUGGAAGUCUCACGAAGCGCGACGACCUAGGUGAGCUAGAUCCCACCCUCACUAUGGGUAUCAUUAGCCAGAUUCUAGACAUUCUCUCUAUCAUGACGAACGAAACAUCUGCUGGAACUACUGCCGAGCCCGUACCUCUCGACACCAUCUUGAGCGUUGCUAACGGGCUCACCAAGCGAGCUCUCGACGUCAAGCCUGAUGUUGCUUUUGCCAUUAUCAAGAGGAUCAUCAGCACCAUCAAAAAGCUGAUCUCGGUCUUCCCAGGCCUUGAUAAUGUCGCAGCUGGGCUACCUCUUACUGAGACCGUUGGCAAGCUCCCCCUUGACACUGUUGAAGAAGCUUUAUCAGGACUCCCGCUUGAUGAUCUCACCUCCAAGCUGACUUCAGGUGUCUCGCCCCUUGCUGAUGUCGCGAGCACUCUGCCUGCUACCAACGUUCUGGCCGACCCCCUAGCAGCACUCAAUCCGCUAGUAGCGGGUCUCACUGGAGGCUUGUUACCCACCGGACCUGUUGCAGCAACUCUCCCUGCUGCAGGCCUAGCCGCCAACCCCGCAGCUGCACUCCUGACUGGCAACGUUGCGUCUGGUCUGCUGGCCAACUCCCUCCUCGGCGGAUUAGGCAAGCGGGAUAUGUCCACCGUGCCAGUCCAACACUGUCAUGAACAUUGCUCAGGAACUGAACUCAACAUGGCCGUGACCAUGUCGAUGAGCUUCCUGCUGCCUAAUGCCAUGGCCAACCAGGGCAUGCUCGGGAAGCUCUCGGAUCUGUCGAAGAAGAUCAAGGGUGCUGUACCGGCUGCUGUACCAGCUGCUGUUCCUGCUGUUCUGCCCGCACCUUGGGUGCCUGAGGUACCUGUGGGCCUUUCUGGGUUGAGUCUUCCUCACUUUGCGCCCAUUAUAUCUGCUCCGAUACCUAAAUUGCCCGUGGCAAUAUCCAGCUUGCCUGUGGCCGAACCAAGUGUCUCUUUGGCUGUACCAAGCGUCUCUGUGGCCGUACCCAGUGUCUCUGUAGCCGUACCCAGCGUCGCAGCAGGGCUACCAAGUGCUCCUGCAUUGCCCAGUCUUCCGGUAGCACUACCGAGCUUGCCAGUGUCAGUAUCCAGCGUCGCAUCAGCGCUGCCGAGUCUGUCUCUGACAGCACUCAGCGCCCCUGUGGCCGUACCCAGUGUUUCUGUAGCUCUACCCAGCAUUUCAACAGCGCUACCAAGACUUCCCGCGUUGCCUAGUCUUCCACUCGCAAUCGCAAGUUUACGAGCGGCAGCACCAUCAGGCUUACCAACUGAUUUUCCAGAUUUUACGUUGGAGCUUCCAGAGGAUCUACCCGCGGAACUUACAGGUCUUCCAGCGGAGCUGCUUGCAAGUGUUCCCACAGAGGUUCCAAGCUCUCUCGUAGCUUUACCCACACCUAUUUCUGUGGAAACUCCCGUAGAUCUGUCUACGGGUUUACCUACAGGACUGUCAACAGCUUCGCCAGUACCUUUGCCCUUGCCUCUUUCGGUAGAACUCCCGUCAGAUCUAGGAGCAGAGCUGCCCGCAGCUCCGCCCACAGACCUUUCGGCACCAACUCUCCCUAAUCUGCCCACAGCAGGCACCACAGAUUCUCCAGCUGAUCUUUCCGACCUACCUUCGUUGGAGAUCGACCCGGAGACUGGAUUGCCAAUCGAAGACGUUCCUCUGAGCAAGGCGAAGCGUGACGUCGACGCUGCUGAGCCCGGGGCUUUGGACAUUGACGCAGCAACGAGGCUUUUGACACUCCUGCUCGACAUCGCAAUCAAACUUUCUGCCCAGGUGAGCGAAAAGGGUCUGAAUGCUACUACUCAGAUUGAUGGCACCAUCGGCAAGCGUGACAGCAUGAAUACCGAGCAGCAUGAGCUGUUCAACAUUGCUCAGGCGAAGAUGACUGAGCUGAAGGAAGCUUUGAAGGUGUUGGAGAGCGCUCCUUUGAGUAAGCGCCAGGACCCUCUUGCCGCUCUGACCAGUGCUACCUCUGGUCUGACUGGCGUCUUCAACACCAUUGUCGAGCUCCUCACUACCAUCCUCGCUCUUCUCGGUGAUGGCUCCACUGACGCAAUUACUGGCGUGCUGGACAACAUAACUGACAAGAUUGGCGCUCAGAAGCGAGACUUGGAUGGAGAUUCUUUGACGGACCUUCUAUCGACCCUCCUCACCAUUUUCGACACACUUUUAGACGUGACGAAGCUCCCAGGUCUUGGUGCUCUCCUGCAAGGGAUUGCCGGGCUGAUCCUGCUACAUGGACUGCCAGACGUAGGCACGCUGCUUGGUGGUGGCAUUCCCUUGCCUCUUCCCGGUGGUCCUCUUCCUGUCAUUCCUGGACUUCCGCUGCCUGGUCUUCCUGCGAACCCCGCACCAGUUCUGCCUGGAAUCCCAGCGUCGAAUGUGUCUUCGCAUCUUACCUCUACCAAUGGUAUCAAAGCCACGCUCUCCUUGGUGAAGGACAUCCCGCUGGAUGGCCUUCUCGGAGACCUUGCCAAGCGAGAUGGAAGACUUCACGCUCGUCAGCUUGGAAGUCUAGGAGGAGGUUUGACAACCCUCACCAAGCCCCUUACAACCGUCGUGGCUCCAGUUGUCAAUGUUCCCGUAGCUGGUGCAAACCCUGGUACUCUUUUAGCCAGCAAGCCCCUUACAACCGUCACUGGCGGUUUAACAAAACCCGUCACUAAUCUUGCCGGUGCUGUAGGCAAUGUUGGAAGCGUCGUUGCUCCAGUUGUCAAUGUUCCCGUUGCUGGUGUGAACCCUGGUACUAUUUUAGCCAGCGCUCUUGGUACUGCUCUGGCGGCACCCGCUGCUGUUCUUGGAGCUGCCCUGACACCUGUCGCUAACCUAGCCGACGCUAUCGACAGUGGCAAGCUGUUAAAUACCGUGGGCUCUACCCUCGGUAGUAUCCCGCUCGUUGCUGCUGUCGAUAAUCUCGUCGAUGCUAUCCCUGGUAGCGAGGCUCUCACAUCAGUUACUGGGCAACUGGGACUUGACAACCCACUUAGUGUGGUGAACAAUAUUCUUGGUGGCGACCCUCUAGCCCCAGUCACUAACCUUAAACCCAUCACGGAUCCCAUUCUCACCGCUCUAGCUCCGGCUGUGGGUGCUGUUAACACAGUGGUCAAUGGCGUUACAGCCCCAUUGGCCGAUGUCACUGACCCCAUUACCGCUGCCCUGGCGCCUGUAGGCGGUGCUUUGGAACCUGUUGCCAGCGUCCUCAAGCCCAUCGCUGACGUUACGAAACCCGUUGGUGCUCUCGUCUCGCCACUCUUUGGCAACGUUGGUACUUCGGCUCCAACUGUACCCAUCUUUGCUGGAUUUCCAGCCCCGCUUGGGACUGUAGCUGCUCCUCUUACCGGUCUUGUCAGCACACUCACCAACGCUACGAAGCCUCUGCAAAGUUUGGCUAGCCAAUUAGGCGCCCUCAAGAGCAUGCUUGCGCAGGCACUUGUAUCGCUCAAGGGCCUCAUUCCUGCGAAACCCGUUAAGAGAGAUGCAUCGAUCCCCGCCACGCCCGACGUUCAGGCCUUCCUCGCAAAAUGGCAACACGUCGGCGCCUACAUGGCACAACUCAACCAGCAGGCUGCUGGCGAGCUGAUGAACGUCAUGAUGGACCCCAGCAGUUUCCCGCCGAACAUGGCAGCCAUGGGCGAUGCUUCGGAGGAAGUGAAGAACUUCGUUACAGAUUACUACAAGCUCGCGCAGUCCAUGGACGGCAGCAACAUCUCCGCGGACAAGAAGAUCGCCUUCCUCCAGGACAUGUUUGACGGACCAUCCGUCAACAUCGACUUCAAGUCCAAGCGAGACAUGCGCCAUGGCAUGCGCGAACGCAAGGAGUAA